CUGCGCAGUGGGGCGGGCUGUUUUGGCCGGGUCUGGCGCAGGGUGUCGGGGCUCCCGGACUCCUGGCCCCGGCGCUCCAGCAGCCUCCUGUGCCUGUCCGCCUUCUCGCCGGAGCCCGGGCCCGCGCCGCCCCUGCCCCGCCAGCCGCCUCGCGGUGGCAGCGGCUGUGGCGGCCCCGGCGGAGGGGGGCCCCCCCAGCCUCCCCGCCCCCCGCCUCCCCGCUGCUGCUGCUGCUGCUGCUGCUGCCGCCGCCGCUUACAACUUGGAGGCGGCGGCGGCGGCGGCGGAGGAGGCGGCGGCGGCGGCCGCCGGGCGCUGCAGUGGGACGCGCGCGGCUGCGAGCCUGCGGGACAUGCCCCCCGCGCCGGCUCCUUGCUGGCGGCCAUGAAGAGGCAGAACGUGCGGACUCUGUCCCUCAUCGUCUGCACCUUCACCUACCUGCUGGUGGGCGCCGCCGUCUUCGACGCCCUCGAGUCGGACCACGAGAUGCGCGAGGAGGAGAAACUCAAAGCCGAGGAGAUCCGGAUCAAGGGCAAGUACAACAUCAGCAGCGAGGACUACCGGCAGCUGGAGCUGGUGAUCCUGCAGUCGGAGCCACACCGCGCCGGCGUCCAGUGGAAAUUCGCCGGCUCCUUCUACUUUGCCAUCACGGUCAUCACCACCAUAGGUUACGGGCACGCUGCUCCCGGCACGGACGCGGGCAAGGCCUUCUGCAUGUUCUACGCGGUGCUGGGCAUUCCCCUGACGCUGGUCAUGUUCCAGAGCCUGGGCGAGCGGAUGAACACGUUCGUGCGCUACCUGCUGAAGCGCAUCAAGAGGUGCUGUGGCCUGCGCAACACGGAGGUGUCCAUGGAGAACAUGGUGACUGUGGGCUUCUUCUCCUGCAUGGGGACGCUGUGCAUCGGCGCGGCCGCCUUCUCCCAGUGCGAGGAGUGGAGCUUCUUCCACGCCUACUACUACUGCUUCAUCACGUUGACUACCAUUGGGUUCGGGGACUACGUGGCCCUGCAGACCAAGGGCGCCCUGCAAAAGAAGCCGCUCUACGUGGCCUUUAGCUUUAUGUAUAUCCUGGUGGGGCUGACGGUCAUCGGGGCCUUCCUCAACCUGGUGGUCCUCAGGUUCCUGACCAUGAACAGCGAGGACGAGCGGCGGGACGCCGAGGAGCGGGCGUCCCUGGCCGGCAACCGCAACAGCAUGGUCAUCCACAUUCCCGAGGAGGCGCGGCAGGGCCGGCCCCGGUACAAGGCGGACGUGGCGGACUUGCAGUCCGUAUGCUCCUGUACCUGCUACCGCCCGCAGGAGUACGGCGGCCGCUCGGCGGCACAUCAGAACUCCUUCAGCGCCAAGCUCGCCCCGCAGUACUUCCACUCCAUCUCUUACAAGAUCGAGGAGAUCUCGCCAAGCACAUUAAAAAACAGCCUCUUUCCGUCCCCCAUCAGCUCCAUCUCCCCCGGGUUACACAGCUUUACCGACAACCACAGGCUGAUGAGACGGCGGAAGUCCAUCUAGGUCUGGGGCGGGAAAUACAAGCCCGAGUCUUGUGUCCUCUUUGACGUUCAGUCUCAUGGGCCCAACUUGUCUUAUUUAUUAUGAUUAUCCUUUAUGAUUAUCGUCAUCUUUUUUUUUUUUUUUUCCUUUCUCUCCUUCCUUCCUUUCUUGGUUUCAUUUCUUCCCCCACCUUUCCAGCGAGACAGAGCAGGCCAAAGGGAAAAGAAGGCCCGUCUUCCUCUGAAACUCGCAUCUGAGCAUGAAGCAUGGAUUUUGUCCUUCUUCCCAGCAAAGUAUGCCUUACAUUUCUCCCCGACCUGCCCCAUAUCUGGGGUGGGGAGGGGUGGCUUUCCCAGGACAGGUGUGAGACCCAGACAAGGAGACAGAGCCCAGAGGAUACCUACCCAAAGUUGCACACCCCACUGAGUGCCCACCCACAGUGGCAUCUCUGACCCAACUCCUUCCUCUCUCCUCCCCAAGCGGCGGGUGGCCGUAUGUGUGUGGUCUGAGUGCGAGUGAGGGCACACACCAGUGUGCGUCUGUGUGUGUGUGUGUGACGAGAUGGAAACCAGGUGUUCAUCUUUCUUUUCCAUCAUACUAUUCUGUUAAUAGUCCGCUUCUGGCUGCUUUCAAACAAAAAGGGGAAAACAACACCCAGGAGGUGUUUGAUUUAUCAUCUUGCCCAAUCAAGCAUGUUCCAUAAGCAGCCUUUAUCCCAGGCGUGUCAUGAUCACAUGUUUUAACUGCUAGGUUCUAAAUUCUAUUAACUUCUUUUUAGGGGGUGGGUGGGCAAGCUAUCAUGGAUCAUUGUAGCUUGCCAGUUCAAAAAUUUUUUAAACAAGCAUGCACUUUGUUAAACUGGUAUGCGUUAACAACACAAGAAAACAAAAAACUAGCAAUGGAAUAAUCAAAAGCCAAUAAUAUUAAUUUAUUAGAGACAUUCUUAAUUUUGCCAUCUCUAGUUCCAACAAUUUUCCAUGUAACUGGAAGUGUCAGGGGAAGCUGGAAAAUUGUUGCAACCACAGAGUAUCUAUUUUAUUGUUUUUCUCUUAUUUAUGUGACGAUGUGGAUGAUGUGUGCAGCGUCUACCUACGUGAGUGAGAUUUAUAGUCUGGGAUGCUACGAUGAGAAUGGGUAUGACUAAGUGGAUGUGGUUUCUUUCCCUAAUGAACAAUGACAGGGCAUUCCUCGUUUUAAAGAAUAUAUAUAAUGUAUUUUAAAGUGUGUCUCCAACUGCAUUUGAUUUAUAAAGAAGGGAAUGUUGAUGUUGGUCUCAGGAAGAGUUUGGAGGCAAGGAGCUGCAUCUUGGCCUGCUGGGAACUUGUCAGUCUCAGGGGAUGACUUUUUCUGAGUAAUGGAGAAAUUCCUCCCCACUCUCAAGAGGGGAUAACCCCCAAAAUGAAGGCCUCCUUCUCUCCUGGAGGCCAGUUGGGCUAUAGAACGUGGCCCUUCCCAUGCAGGAAUAAAGGAGAGUCUGACCUCCAGAUUCAUGGAGGGAACCUUCAUUCCCUCAUCACUGUCUCUGCCAUCUCUAAAAAAUCAGCCAUCCUCAUUCCCCUUUUUCAAAAACUGGAAGUUCACAGCUCUCGGAUGGAAAUGGGCUUUGGCUGGGCCACUCAAAAGGGGAAGUAGGGGCCCCCGUGCGAUUUCCCAGAAUGGAGGAUCUGCUCCCUAGGAAGAGCACACCUACAAGGUUUCCCAAGAGACGGCCCCAGUGCACCCGCCCCAAGCGUCUGAGCCGUUGGACCGAACACGGCCCUUGAGAUUUCCCUGAAAAGGCAAGCACUUUAACAUUAGGUUCCUUGUUGAAAAUAAUCCCUUUGUCUGGGACACGGGGGUGCUGCGGAAGGAGUCUGGGAACCUGAUUCUCUAGACCAAAAUGCACAGUUACCAACCUUCAAGGCCAUAUCGAUUAACUCAUUUUUAAGAUUAAAAGAAAAAAUUGAGGUUUCUAAAAUCUGUCUAGAGAAUAGAAGCAGUUGCUUUUUAAAUUUUUUCUCUCUUGGAAGAGCUCGUUGGCUCUAGGGGGUCACAGGCGCAAGAGUACUCGUGUGUAUUUACAGAUCGCUUCAUGCUCUGGAGGAAGGUGCUUGGAGUAAGUGUGGGUUUCUCAUGAAAACCUUUGUAAGACUUGCCCUCGAAUGGGUGUGUGAUAACCUUUAUCUGUAAAGAAACAGAGGUACUGAGAAGGUGAAUGAGUUGCUCAGUGUCAGAAAACUGGCCUUGACUAGAACUGAGACUUUAGUUUCAGUCUGGACCCCCCCAAGAGGGUCCAAGAAACUGACUCCGCCAUACCAUGACGCCCUCACUCAGCCCUCGGAUGAGGGAACCUGCUUCUCUUUCUCCGCACGUAAAUACACCAGGUUCUUAAAGUCAGAGGAACAUGGGCUCAACCCUUCAUUCAGGACUGUUCCCCCCACAACCAGGGCACAGUGGUCAUACUUCUGCUUGAAUGCUUCCAAAUGACAGGGAGCUCCUCCCUUUGCAAGAAAGUUUAGAAAACAUCCCAUAAUCUCUGUUUCCACAGAACUGACUCUUCUUUGUAGGAUUAAGGAUGGUAGGGUGAAGUCUUUUAUGUUGGAUGACCACCAACUUAAGUGUCUGAACCAACCUGAAAUUUCUCUUAGUUCUGUAUCCCUUCCCCUGUCCCCCGCCCUUUACUACCCAUGUGGCCCCCUGAAGGACACUUACUGAGUCUUCUCUUCUGAAGUCAGACAACCUUGUUUAUACUCAGAGUGUUCAGGGGCAGAGGUCAACCUUGGUUGGCUUCCCUUGUGAUAUCUGUCUUUUUUCUCAGAUGGUCCAGCUCUUCCAUACCAUGCUGUCUGGCCAAGGAGUCCUCCAGAUGCAUCCAAUGAGGUGCUCUGAUGGGGGUGCCGAGUCAGGGGUUCUCUGGGGUUCUCUUCUUGAUAAACCUGGCCCAGGGCCUCUCCUCCUAGAGUGUGGCCCUCCUGAUCAGCGCUGGAGUCCUCAAAAGCCGGAGGGACGCUUCAUCUGAGUCACCUUGAUGAGGCCCCUCCUCAUCUUCGGAGAGGGGAACUGAGGUCCAGAAAGGCUCUUGCACAAAUCUGAGGCCCCACAGCCAGAACAGGGUCUUCCCACUCAUUUCUCCCGCUGGUUUCCUGGCUGCUUUGUUACUGCUGUCACUCACACCCUCCCAACAGUCCCUGUUGCUGGACUUCUUAGCAUCUCAGACCCAAGUCUCUUUCCGCCUUUCAUACCUGGUGAUUUCCUUCUUUCAGCCCAGGUUUCCCACACUCUUCUUCCGGUUGACCACACCUGCUCAGGGAGUGGGAAGAAGUCUCACCAGGUUGGUUGGAUUUGAGCUUCAGCUUAUGUUAAAGCAAGCUGAGGAAGGACCACAUUCUACCAGAAUCACAGGAAAUAGGCCUGCCACCCAGUCCUGAUGGGGUCUAGAGAUCAACACACCAUGUAGAUACUUAGACAUUUUGGAUUCUUGCUUGAAUGCUUUCCCACUAGGAGGUCUCAAUCCAUCCCUUCCAUCAAAGACCAAAGGAAGGUAGGCAAUGGUAUUGAUUAUCCCAGCAGCUCUGGGCACCAUGCUUUCUAGAGACCAUUCCACUUUAACCUUCAUGACAUCCAUCCUGGCUGGAUGGUGCUGUCGUAUUGCCCUGCUAGACUCUUUACAUAGGAGUGAACCAAUCUGUUUGGGUUUUUGAAGUACCCAGUCAGCGCUAGGGCUGAGAUCAGAGUUCUUUCAUUCUGCACUCCAUCCUGAAACUCAGGCAUCAGCCUGGUAAAUACAGCUCUAAAUUAAAACACACUCUCUGAAGCAUCUGUUGUAUUCCUCUUGUGCAUCACCCAUUGGGGAGGACGGUACCAGCACUUUGGAAUGAUCAUAGCAGAUCACUUGCAGCCCAGGAAUCUCCACUGGGUCCCUAAUCCUUCCAGGAAAGGAAGCAGAUGGAUGUAGACUGCUGCCCAGGACGCCUGCCUUUGCAGGUGCUCAUUAAAACCCAUCCAUAAAAAAGGGCGAGUUGACUGUUUAAUCUUGGCUUACCGCUGCUGAGUCUUUGCACACAGAUCCUCAAUUGGGAGACUAUCUGGAUGGUGACUUGGAAACACACAGAUAAGCCUAGGCAGGUCAUUCUUCUCUGCCUCCAGAUCCAAGAGUCUUGUGGGUCCUGAUUCCUGAUCACUAGCAGCUCAAAGCUAGAGGGGAGAAUGGUUUAAAGGCAUUCAUUGUACACAUUACGUGAGAGAGAGAAAAAAGAGGUGAAAAUGAUUAUAGGAGGAAAACCAUCUAUCACUGAGGUUUCUGGUCCUGUGUCUUUAGGUGAUCUCUUUCCCCCUGCUCCCCAACAGAAUAGGUCCUAAUUAGGGUAUCCUACUUAAGGGCAUCUAUGGAAGUGUGGGUUUGAGGCCGGAUGCCAGACCAUGUCCCUCCUCUUGAUGGGAUGGACCACAUCAUCUGUCAAACACAGCAGGGAAUUGUGUCUGCACUCUGAAAGGGGCGGGACUUGGUGCCUGCUGCCUGGGGAUGCUAAAGACUCAUUCUUACAGAGCCACAGUGUGUGUGGGAACUGGGAGCAUCCCAGGCAAGAAAAGGUUGGGAGGACAACCUGGCUCUCACCUCCACGUCUCUGGGCUCCUGGAAGUCCUGUCCCCUCCCUGGGCCUCAGUGGCUUCCUCAUCCACACAGUGGGCCAGCUUGGGUGGAAUUCGUGAGCCUUUAGCGCAGAAUCAGUUUGACUGAUGAGAGACAUUUGGCCUGAUGUUCUGGUCACUUGGCACAUUUGAGCCACAAAAAUGAAAAUCCCAAAUCAUUUGUUUGGCAGCAUCCUAGGAGCUGGGAAGAUGGAGAAGGAAUAGGCAGAGGCAUUGAGAACAGUGGUCAUCAUGAACACCAAGGACCCGGGUGGGCUGCGUUCCUCCACGCCCUGGGUGUACAUCCAUUUUAUGUGGUUGUUACAUGAGCACACCUUAAUAGAGGUUGCUGUUUCAGAGGGGGGGAAAAAUCUAUUACCAUGAUUCCUCCCUGCCGCCCCCCGCACCCAACUUUCGGUUAUGAAAAGCCAGAUUCACAGAAAAACUGGAAGACCAGAAUGAUGAAAUUCCGUACCCCUUUCACCCAGACUCACCAGCCUUCACUACUUUGCCAUAUUUGCUUAAUCCCUUCCCACCCUCCACAUCACCCCCUUCAUACCCAGAGAUACUGGGAGGAGGAAGUGGCCUCUCUAACUUCUCAGUGGUUGGACCAAAGGAAAAAUUGUUUCUCUCGCAGGAACAAUGAGUGUUCUCUUUGGUAACAGUGCUGUAAUUACUGCUAAGAAGUUUAGCGUUUGUACAAUAAAAUUAUCUAAGAGGCAACCCAUAUUCACAUUUCCUACUUUGCCCCAAAAUUGUCCUCCAGGGCUUUUUAUGUGAAUCUGACAAUCCAAGGUUGCAUCUCACAUUGCUUGUCUGCUUGCGCCAGACCCCUCCAACCUAGGACACUUUUCUCCUGUUUUCUUUUGUUGUGAUGUUGCUGGUUUGGAGUCUGGGCCAGUUGUCCUGUGGGCUGGCCCACAACCUGCCUCUGUUUCCUUAGGUUAAAGAAUUUUAGGCAAGAGAGCCACAUAAUUGAUGUAAUGAUGAAUGCAAUUGAGAAGUCUGGCUCCCUGGAGACCUGUGGUUACCUCUCUCUCAUGGUAGAUAAACAAGGCGUGUUAAAUGCCAUUCUGUCUUGGAGACACUUAAGUGAAGCUGCAGGAGAGGUGUCCAGGAGCCCCUGGAUGCUUGGUCUCAUCACCAAAGCUGAAUAAGGCUCUGCUAUUUCUAACUUCGCACGUAGAUCUCUCUUCUGUGCUGAGAGUCAGCAAUCAGUCCCCUAAACACCUGUGGGGAUGGUCCAGCUAUAAAUAGACAAAGCACAGAGACAUCCUUUCAUCCAUUACAAAGGGCUGGCUGGUGGAGCCCAGUAGGGUGGCUGGAAGGAUACCUGUGAGCCAGUGGGGUACUUGGCACCCAGGUGCUUUUCAAUGAGCAGUGGUGAGCGCCUUUUCAAUCAAUACUCCUCAAAAAUGUAAUUUGUUGGCAUGGCACUCUUCUUGGCCAUUAAGUGCUAAGACUGGUAACCUCUGUUUGAGGUGUUUGUUUGCACUGGCAAGUUCUAUAGCAUGGUCUCAGUUCCAGUAGCACGCAGCAACCCACCCGCGGGGCUCAGUACCUCUUACUUUGAUCAAGAAAAUGCGUCCACGUGGGUUCAUGCCUCUGAGCCCCCACCCAUGCUGUUCCCACUCUGCAGUGUGGACGUGCAGAGGGGAGCACCUCAUGAAUCCUUUCACAGCUCCUGACAAUUUGCUCCACGAAGGAUUCAGUGAUGACCUCUGGGGUCCCUGGUCCUUCUUUCCAUAAUGGAUGGAUAUUCUGGGAAUAUGUUGGGAAUGACUCUGAUGCUGGGAAAGAUUGAGGGCAGAGGAGAAGGGGGCGACAGAGGAUGAGAUGGUUGAAUGGCAUCACUGACUCAAUAUACACGAGUUUGAGCAAACUCUGGGAGAUAGUGAAGGACAGGGGAGCCUGGCAUGCUACAGUCCAUGGGGUCACAAAGAGUUGUACAGGACUUAGUGACUAAACAGCAACUUAGUGACUAAACAACAACAUUAACAAUACCAGGAUAAGAAGUAGACCGCCAAUGGUCCUGGCUAUUAAGUGCUGGGCAGCGCCCACAGCAGGGAAUAAAGACAAUCAGAUUUCCAGCAUCUUGCCUAAAUGGCAAUCUGUGGCUGUUAUCAAGGCAUGUCUUAACUUCAAUGUGGACCUUUGUUCCAUCCUUGGAAACCAACACACAUCCUCUAUGUUAAAACACAAAACCUCAGCUUUGCCCCUUUGCAAACCAUCACCCUACCAUUGGCAACUCAGUGGUGUUUGCCCAGUAGUGUUGGGUGGGCCACACAAGAUAGGGCCACAAGCUGUCCACAGCUGGGCAUUUCCCAUAAAACGUGAUCGGUAGGUCUUCAGGGGCUUCCCUGGGAGCUCAGACGGUAAAGAUUCUGCCUACAAUGCAGGAGACUCAGGUUCAGUCAAACUGCAGGCUCACACUUGUGACAUUUCCCCGGGCAGCGAGUGAGCCCUGAGAUGUGACUGUUGCCUGGAGGCGGGUCAGCAUCGUCUUCUCACCGAGGUACUUCUAAUAGAUGGUGAGCAGCGUGUGACACACGCAGGGAGUGACAGGACCCCUGGCCUCCACUCUGCACCUGCCCAGCGCUCACUCUGGGACCCUGAGACAGGCCAGGGCAGGCUCCUUUUCCUCCACAGAGCAGCAGGGCAGUAAAGCUACACGUGUACCUGGGAGCAGCUUCUGCUUUUCACAGGCUGGGGUGGUUUUGCCUCUCUGAGCCUCAGUGUUCCCACCUUUAAGUUGGAGAUUCCAGAAGCAGCCACCGCUGCAGCGGGGUUCAAGGACAGCGUGCGAUGACGUUUACGGGCCCCUGCUCUGAGCCGAGUGCCAAGCAAGACUUCUUACGUCGUUUGCAUUUCUCAUGAUGGCCAGUCCGAGUUUCCUGCAAGGUUACUCCUGAGCCUUGACUCGCAGUCCAGCUGUGAAAGGAGGUGGAUUGGUCUGGUGGAGGAACUCAGGCAAGGCUUCAUGGAGGAGGAAUCUUGGUAAUCUUUGAGGGGAGCCUUGAAGGAGCAAAUGGGCACUAUUUUAGGCAAAGGCACAGAUAUGUGAAAGUGAGGGGAGCAGAGGUCUUAUCCAGUAGUCGGAAUAUCCUGCCACAGAGUCACACCUGACAGACGAGGCAGGGAACUGUCCAGGCCCUUCACAAGCUGGUCACAUCUUCAGUCAUCCAUCCAGGCCAUCCUCCUGCUCAAGAACCUUCCAAGGCUCCCCAGUGCCCACACAUGAGAUUAUUUCAGGGUCGCCUGCCCUCUACCAACCAUAGCCUGAGUCUUGGGCUCUGAUGGUGGAGUCAUCCAUCCUGAUGUCCCUACUGGGUCCUCUGAAUAUAAGCCUGAAAAUAGAUCCUGGAGUCGCAAGUCUCAUCCAACUUGAAUUCUAUGGUGUCCCAUUGUUUAGAGGUCCCCCCACCCCCUCCUUCUUCUAGACAUUAGCUAUAGUUUGCAUAUGGGAAUAUUUCUGGAUAAGAUCUUCUUUGUCUAGCAUCUUCUGAAGCAUCCUGGGGGCUUGUUCUGAUGAAGACUUCUGACGACUUGACCAAAGAUUAGCAUGAAACCAGUAAAGGGAAAAUGUAUAAUUCUUGGGCUUCCUUGACAUGAAGAAUUUGCCAUUUCCUAAUGGAAUCUCUGAGCAUCAGACUUCUCAACUGCCUGUGGCCAGGAAUCGGGGCGGAGAGGAGGGCGCAUUUAAGGGCGAGGGCACUUUGUACUUGGGGAGAGUUUAUUCCUCACAUCACCCCAUUCACUCUCAGGUCCUAACCCCCACCUCUCCAGAGACUCCAGUCCAGUUUCCUGAAGACCCCUACCAUCCAGAUAGCCACUCUUAGUCUUGAAGAGGGAGGUCUUGCGAAGUUUAGCCAUCCAUAAGCCUCGGCUGCUAAAAAAGCAUGCAACCUCAGCUUUGCCCCUUUCAGCUCCUUGGGCCUUCUUAAGCACCCCUGACAAGGGCUUCCCUUCCUGCCUCUUUGUAACCAGGCUACGUGGUCUUGGCCAGUCAUUCCCUCUCCUCUUCUACAAAGGACGGAGUGGCAGGGGAGGGGCAGGCAUCCCCCAGACAGAUACUGGCGAAGACGAAAGGAGAUAAAGGCCACUACGUACCAGGCUCUUGGUUGACAUUUCCUUGAGGGGCAGCUUUGGAGGGGAGAUGACCAAGUCCUCCCAACAUAGGGUUCCUCAGCUGGGCUCCCUUCCCCUGGGGACAUCACAUUUUCCAGGUAGAGUUAGUCUAGAACCUUCCUUGCACCAAAGAAUCGUGUCUUUACCAGCUCCUCUGACUCUUCUUUUGAUGGGUUCUCUUUUGCAGCCCUGCAGUCCCAGUGGGCCGGAUGCUCGGUGAUGGUGUUGAGGGGGACGUUUCCCAGUAAACCAAAGCCCACCUUUCCCUGACAAACCCUGGGGAGUGUCCCACCCUUCCUGAACCUGAGAGACCACUGUAGCUGCCUCUGAACUGCAGCCCCAGUGGCCUGGUGGCUCCGCAGGGCCCCCUCUGAGCAGUGUUGUCUGCUGAUUGAUUCUCUCAUCCAGCGAUUGUCCACAGAGCCUUUGGGCAUCUGCCAUAAGCCAACUUCAAGCAGGAGGCCAUUGUGGUGAACUGGACGGUCAGGUUCCCUCGCCUCAAAAGGCUAAAAUUCCAAUGGACCGUACGCUCCCAAGAUGCACGAGGCCUCAAAACAGAGUCGGAUGAGCGGUUCUUGGAAGCAUAAUGUGGUUCGGCUCUUGCUGCAUUUUCUUGAGCUGAAUUUUAGAAAAAUAAAAAUAAUCCAGUGAAAGGCAAAACACGAUUAGUGGGAACCCAAUGAAGCAGAACCCACAAUUAACAAGAUUUCUGUAUAAUUUGAUGGCUCCUCAGAGAAGAACACAGUCCUAAAAAAGGCUAAUUAUAUAUUUUGCUUAUUCAGCCCCACAAAUAGCAUUUUGACAGCCAUUUGGGGCUGGAAGGGACCUCCAGGGGCCAUCUGAGUCCACCCUGUGCUUUAUCAGAAACCUCCACGGAAUAGAAAACGCAUUGGGUUAGGUGAAGCUAUUGGCCUUAUGGAGUGAAAUUGAAAUAGGAGAACAGACUGACCCCAACUGUGGGGUUGGGGCCCUUUCAUGUGUCCAUAAACGUUGAUCAGAAGGUUUGCAAUUUAUCAAACACAGGACCUAUAGGCAAAGAUGUCAAAGAGGAUGAGGAGGUUUUAAGCCACUGAACUGCUUAAUGAGGAGGAAGAAUUCCUAGUCUAUUCCCAGCAGGCCAAGAAAUUGCUGAUACUCCCUCUAUACUUUUUAAACUUCAGCCAACUGUGUAUUCUUGUACCUCAAAACAUUAAACAUUACGGAAGCGUCGUUUGUGACCCUAGGUGUAGAAGAAGUUAAGCUUGAAUUAAAUUCAAACUCACACUGGUUAAAAUGAUCAGCCCGUAUGCACAGGGGAUUCAUUCUGGGGGGUGGGGGCACGGAGGUGUGAUCGUCAUUGAUUCCUUUGAGGUGCACACGCAUAUGCACUGACUGGGUGUCUUUGGGUCUCUGGCUUUUUUCUGUUUUGGGGGCAUUGCUGGACAUUCUCAUGACUGCGUUGGUAAAAGGACCUGUGUGUUUUCUGAUGGUGAUGCUGCUGCUGUCUGGAAAGCCUCCAGAACUCGCUCCCUGGGAGUGAUGACAAUUAGGAAGUUUCGACCAGAAGCUGGGUCAGCCUGGCCACGUUCCCAGAGGAUGGAAUGGUUUGUCCCGAGCCCCCUAGCAGGGACCUCCCUUCCCACGUUGGUGGGCGUCUGGGAUUUGGACCACAGGCCCGAGAGUGGUCAAGGCAUCAGACCUUGGGUGGGAAGCCGCACCAGAUUUGGCAAAGCCAGUGAUCCCCCGCGGACCACAGUGAACCAAAUUCAGAGAAGCCUACUGUUCCUGUUCCUGUUUGUUUUCCUUUUGUUUCUCUUCUCUGGCCUUCUCCGCCUGUGGAGAGGGUGCCUUCACAAAUGGCCUUAGAAUGCCGUUCUGAAGUUUAACAGAAUGAGACAACCAUCCAAUGAAUAUCAGAGGUAUUUACUAUCGCAGCUUAUCUGAAGAAUGACAAACAAAAACAAAACUAUCACCAAUGUUUACAAGUCCAAGUAGACAUCCAGCCCGUGUAAAAUAUGUAAUUUAUGCAAGGGAUUGCAUCUUUCUUUUGUAACGAAUGCACUAAGCAGCCUGUAUAUAUUUUACAAUGUCUUUACAGAAAAAAGAAAGAACCAUUUACUGUAGUGUUGUAAAAUAAUGCACUUUUCUAAUUUUUUCAUUAAAAUCUCUAUGGCACGUUUGCAAAUGUGUCUUGGUC